CAUGGCUGAAGCAAGGUGCUGCUUCAAACAACUCUGUGCAAUUGUGGUGGUGCUUUUACUAAACAUGAACAGUCCUUGCAUUGGAUGUAGCGAGAGGGACAGGCAAGCACUCCUUGCACUCAAACAAGGCCUCGUGGGUGACGACGGCGAUCGCCUCCUGUCAUGGGGAACAGAAGCCCAAAACAGAAAUUGUUGCCAAUGGGAAGGAGUCUACUGUAGCAGCAACCAAACUGGCCAUGUUGUUAAGCUUGAUCUUGAAGACCAAUCUUUGCGAGGUAAGAUUAGUCCUGAACUCGUUAAGUUGCAACAUUUGGAAUAUUUGAACCUUCGUUUCAAUAAUUUGAGUCAGAGCCAAAUUCCAGAUUUCACUGGAUCUCUGAGCAAUUUAAGACACCUCGACCUCUCUUCUGCUAAUUUUGGAGGUCAAAUUCCAAACCAACUUGGAAACCUUACACACUUGCAAUAUCUCGAUCUCAGCUCUCAUUAUUAUUCUGUUAUACGCCCUAGGAACUCUAUUCAUGCACAAAACCUCAAUUGGCUCCCUAAUCUUUCAGGUCUGGAACACUUGGACCUAAGUCACACUAAUCUCAGUGAUGUUGUUGGUUGGCUGGAAGCAGUUAAUGUGUUUCCUAAACUAACAAACUUGAUAUUAGAUGGGUGUAAUCUUCCUCCUCCAAUUAUAUCCUCUGUUUCUCUCAUGAAUUCUUCUAACUCUCUUGUUCAUGUUGAUCUCUUCCGCAACAAUCUCAACGCUUCAAUUUUCCAAUGGUUGUCUGGUACUCAUACCAACCUUGUUUAUCUUGAUCUCUCUUGGAACAAUUUCAGAGGUUCCUCAAUUCCUGCAUCUUUUGGAAACAUGAGCUCUCUUGAAUAUCUUAUUCUCCAGUGUAGCAAACUUGAAGGAGGGUUCCCGAAUUCCUUUGCCAAGCUAUAUGGGAGUUUGCAAUUGGAGGGUCCAAUCCCUUCAAUUCUAUCAAAAGCUUCAAUUCUAGAUCUCUCCCAUAAUAACUUUUCAGGGGCAGCUUCUUUUUUGUGUGCAACCAAGGAUAGUAAUUUAACCUUUCUUGAUCUCUCCAACAAUCAUGUUUCUGGAGAACUUCCGGAUUGUUGGAUCCAUUUUAAAAAAUUAAUCUUUCUUGAUUUGAGCAAUAACUAUUUAUUUGGAAAAAUUCCCACCACGAUGGGGUACUUGUUUAGUAUUGAGACACUAAGACUAAGUAACAAUAGAUUUGUGGGAGAGUUGCCUUCACAAUUGAAGAAUUGUACAAAGUUGACACUUUUGGAUCUUGGGGAAAAUAACUUAUCAUGCUCAAUACCUGAAUGGUUAGGGGCUAGUCUUCCAAAUUUGGCUAUCUUAAUCCUUCGAGGUAAUCAGUUCUAUAGAAGCAUCCCGCCCCAAAUAUGCCAUCUGACACGCAUUCAAAUUUUGGAUUUGUCGAUGAACAACAUCUCUGGAACUAUAUCCAAAUGUCUCAACAAUUUGAUUGUUUUGGCUCAUAACGGAAAUUCAAGUCUGACUAUCGAACAUUUAUAUACAACUCAUCUGGAAGAAGGAGAUAUUCUUUGGAAUUAUGAGGAGGAAGCAUCUUUAAUAUGGAAAGGGGUAAGGUCUAAAUACAAAAGUACUCUGGGACUUGUAAAGAGUAUUGAUCUCUCAAGCAAUAAGUUGAUUGGGGAGAUUCCUAAUGAAAUCACUGAUCUUGUUGGUUUGGUUUCUUUAAACCUAUCGAGAAACCAAUUGACAAGUCAAAUACCUCCAAGGAUUGGAAUGUUGCUGGAGUUAGAUUCCCUUGAUUUAUCAAGAAACCAGAUUAAUGGCAGAAUUCCAAACAGUCUAUCUCGAAUAGAUCGUAUUGGUUACUUGGACUUGUCAGAAAACGACUUGUCUAGAAAAAUUCCAAUAGGCACCCAGCUCCAAAGCUUUGGUCCAUCUUCUUAUGGUGGAAAUCCUCUACUUUGUGGACUGCCACUCCUAAGGACAUGCGAUGAGGACAAAGAAGGUCCAAGACAAACUGUGUUGGUGAAUCAAGACGAUCAAGAUGGGCUCAUAACGCAAGGAUUUUACAUCAGCUUGGGGCUUGGGUUUGCUGUUGGAUUUUGGGGAGUUUUUGGCACUCUUCUAUUCAACAGGUCAUGCAGAUAUACAUACUUCAAUUUCUGGGCUUGUUUCAUAGAUUGGUUGUACGUGAAGGCAGAAAUCAUCAGGCAAAGGGCGCCUAAUACUAGAUAA